UCAGAGCAGUUUCACGGAUGGUUUGCAUUCAAUGACAAAUCGAGUCGUUUUUAAAAUUAUGAAGCUGAGAAUUGUUAAUUUUACUUUUUGCACAGUUUGAUUUGUGUAUGCUUUACAAUAAUCGCUUCAAUUUAUCUUCUUUUAUCGAACAGUCGGACCAACCGAUGCAUGUGACAUCCAACAUGAAGAUUGAGUAGCUCGCUGGUUGCAGUAGCUUUUAAAAAAAAUCACUGCUUUUCUAUCAAUUAAACAUGAGCAGCUACUUGUGAGGUCUUUUAAGACAAAAAUCACAAAUUAUAACCGGUCAAAAAUUAAUAAUAAUUUGAUGAUUAUAAUAUACACUUACUCGAGUUGAAAAUUCAGCAAUGCAGAAUUUCGUAUCCAAAUGUAUUCAGUCCCUCAACAAUCAUCGGAACUUAGCCGCAAUCGAUCAAAGAAAUUUCGUACCUCAAGAUCAAUGUUUUGGUCUCGAUAACAGAGAGCUGUCUAAUGUCAUCGGGGCAUUACCGUCUCGCAAUCGAGGCAGCAGGCGGAAAGAAAUGCGCCCCGGCAGCACCAGCGUGCAGCCGGAAGAUCAAAAGCAACAAGAACUGGAUAAAAUGGUCAACUCCUUACCGACGUUGACGCCAUGUCAUUCGUUCCCUCCUAACUUGAACAAACGACAGUUGAAGCAAAGCGUGAGUGCCAGGUCAAAUUCGGAUCAAAAUAUUAACUUUGGAACCAACUCGGAGCAUGAAGUCGCACAAAGUGAAGACGACAUCUUGAGGUCGGUCGAGACUUCGUCGACACGAAGUGCGAAUCCAAGCAGAUGGGUGGGAGCCGAGUACCCGGAGGUACUGUCUGGAGCGGGUUCCAGAAGUUCCGUGGAUACCGCAAACUUCAAAUCUGCAUUUUCUGAAAUGACUCCAAUGAGUGAAGUCAACGGAGUUUUACCAUCACUGACUGAUCUCGAAGACAACAAUUACAAGAACCAUGUGGGCACGAUUAUCAACUGGAUCAAUGCUCAAACUAGGAAGUACAUUCCAUAUACGGUCAUGGCGCCACCCAUGCAUGCCACAGUACUCAUAGGAGGUGCUGAACCCCCCAAGAAAUCGACGAGCAAAUCAAAGAAGUCUGCACUCAAAUCAUCGAUCCAGUCGGCCGCCGCUGCCUCCGGGUCUGCAGGAGGACUCAAAAACUGGAUUGUGGAGAACUUGUCUAGAGACAUGCGAGAUGGAACUGUGUUUGGGAUCCUGAUUGAAGUUCUUGGUGGGGAGGAGAUGGAGAUAGACAAGUCAGUGUACAGACUGAGUGAAGUGAGUGAGAGUGAUGAGGCCGCCAUGCACAACAACAUAUCCUCCAUUCUUGCAUUCCUUCAGAGGGAGGGGGUGGACUGCAUGUCCAUCAACCCACAGGAUGUGGUGGGUGGGGACAAAGAGACUAUCAUGAGACUAGUCCUGCUCAUAGCCGCACACUACAGGCCGGACCAAAUUCAAAGACAGUCCCAUCAGAACCAAAGUCACGUGGUAACCUCGAAUGCCCAGAGUGGAACUAGCACCCCUGCUAAUUUCAUGAUUGACCCAACCUCAAACCAGAUUUUUGCCCAGGUUACAGAUAUUAAUCAUCAGAAGUUUUCAGCACCAGAUUAUCAAUUAUCAACUACCUCAAGUACCUCGCAAUUUUCGCCACACCUGCAGUCCAUAGUCGAAAGCGGAGAUCCCUCCCCCUCAAACAGACAACCCCCACCCACACCCAGUCGUAUGAGCACCACAUCAUUCUUCGUUCAAAAUCACCAGAACCAAAACCAUCAUCCUUUGUCCAUGUCACAGCAUCCUAAUAGUCUUCAUUCUCACCAAAUGAACAGACAGUUACCCCCACAUAGGAGUGCUUCUAAUGCACCCACACCACUACCAAACCCCAAUGGACAUGCGAUGGUAAACUUGAACAUGAGCCAAUUGAGAAACAACGACGAGCAGUCCUUGGUCGAAUCAGCUCCAUCUCUGGGUCCUCCCUCGCAGUCAGAGCAGCGUCUUCAUUUGACCAAAUCAGACCUCAACACUCUCAGAGUAACUCUGGAGUACCUACAAGCUCACGAUUCAAUGAUGAGUCAGCAAGGGGUAGUGAUGACGUCACGAAGUGUAGAUACUUCUGGCAGCGCUGGAAUGGGAGGAGAGGACGUGAACACGCGCAAGAUCCUCACGCAGUUACAAGAGAUGCUUAUUCUGAGCCAACCUCCGGACGGAGAGAGCGAAACAGGAGACGAAACAGAGGCUAGCAGCUGUGGAAACUCAUCGGGACACCAGACAUCUUCAACCAACCAAGGCAAAGGGAGUCAGAGCAACGGGAGGUCCACAUUCAAAGCCAGGAAGAGAUCCCAGUCCCACGAGAAGAACGCGGGCAAUAUUCUAGGCAAAGGUGGGGGAGGGAGCAGUUCGCAGAAACAGAUGGCAGCCAAUAAUGAGGUGCUUCUGAAUCAGUUGAGGACUGAAUUGUACAGCAGCAAACAAGAGUGGUACAACAUGCAGAGUGCCAAGAAGCAGCUGGAGUCUCGGGUGGUGGAGGCGGAGAGUGUGUGUAGGAGUGUGCAGGGGGACUAUGUGACAUUGCAGAGACUGCAGCAGGAGACCCAGUCCCAGAUGAUUGAGAUGCAGAAGCGACUAGACCAACAGGACAUACAAGUCCGCGAACUCAAUAGAAAGCUGGCACACAAAGACAAGUCUCUGGAGCAGAAGCGGAAGGCACUGGCAGAGUACCAGAACAGACUCAGGGAUGCUGAAGAACACAAGGCUAACUUGGAGCGAGAGAAUGAGAGAAGGUCCCUGUCGGUUGCACACUACCAGAGAGAGGUGGACGAACUGCAACAUCGGCUGAACAAAGCCCUCAAAACCAAAUCAACGGGUGCAAAUGAGCGUCCACGAAGACGUCACAAGAGCGCCAGGUCUCCUUCCAGUCGGUCAAAGGCACCUUCCGACAGAGGCAAGGAACUUCAGAAAUGUCUGGACAACUUGGACCCAGAAAAUCUAGAACCAUCCUCGAAAUUAUUUAACGUGGCUGGAUCUGAAGAGUACCGGAUGAUAUCCAGUGCAGUUCUGGACAUGAAAAAGAACUUUGGACAGGAUGAUCCAGAGUUCCAAUCACUGGAGGCAAUAGAACAAAGUUUGGAGAGUCUGGUGGAUAAACUCAACAGUCUCAAAAACAUCACUGGAACAUCUAAAACAACGACAACAACUGACGGUGAAUCGGGAGAGGACAACAGUCCCAUUGAAGUUGUUGCAAGGAGCAAAUUCCGUACCAGACCUCAGGGAUCAGAGAGCCAGAACAACCCCACCCCCGCUUCCUGUUCGACGUCUAAAGGUGGGGGGCAAAUCGGUGCCAUGGUGAGAAAGUCUGCGUCGGAGUAUACGUUCAAGGACACGGGCGGAAUUCACAGGAGUAAGAACCAACAGCAGACGCAAGUGUUCUAUUACACCGACAAUCAGACUACCCCAUGCAUCACAGUCAUUCCAAAGAGCGUGGCCAAUGUGACCUUGGCUGACUUCAAAAAGUACACAGUUGACUUGGCGGAGUGCAAGUACUUGUUCAAGGCCACAGACACCGAGUUCGGGCAGGUCAAGGAAGAGAUAUCAGACGACUCCUCCAUUUUACCUGGCAACAACAACCAGAUCACUGCUUGGAUUGAACGUAACAACAGUAAUCACACCUGACAGCUCAGAUCUAUCUCAAACUUCUUGAAAGUGCAAUUUUUGCAACAUAGCAUUUAGAAAUGAAAUUUAUCGUUUAUUAAAGUUUUAAAGAAUGAG